GACGGGGCGUGCUGGGCGGCGGGCGGGAGUGAGGGGUGCGGAGCGCGGCAGGCGCGGGCCGGGCGGGCUGGGAGAGGCGGGCGCCGGCCUCGCGGGGCGGCCGCGGACAUGUGCAGGAUGUCCUUCAAGAAGGAAACACCGCUGGCCAAUGCUGCUUUCUGGGCAGCAAGGAGGGGAAACCUGGCCCUGCUGAAGCUGCUGCUGAACAGCGGUCGGGUGGAUGUGGACUGCAGAGACAGUCAUGGCACCACACUCCUCAUGGUUGCCUCUUAUGCUGGCCACAUUGACUGUGUGAGGGAACUGGUCCUGCAAGGAGCAGACAUCAACCUCCAGCGAGAGUCAGGUACAACUGCCCUAUUCUUUGCCGCCCAGCAAGGCCAUAAUGAUGUGGUGAGAUUUCUCUUUGGAUUUGGAGCAUCCACUGAAUGUAGAACCAAAGAUGGAGGCACUGCUCUGUUGGCUGCCAGUCAGUAUGGGCACAUGCAGGUGGUGGAGACGUUACUGAAGCAUGGGGCCAAUAUCCAUGAUCAACUUUAUGAUGGAGCCACUGCCCUCUUCUUAGCCGCUCAAGGUGGUUACUUGGAUGUUAUUCGAUUGUUGUUGUCUUCAGGAGCAAAAGUCAACCAGCCAAGGCAGGAUGGGACGGCCCCCCUGUGGAUCGCGUCCCAGAUGGGUCACAGCGAGGUGGUGCGGGUGAUGCUGCUUCGUGGAGCUGACCGCGAUGCCGAGCGCAAUGAUGGCACUACUGCAUUGUUGAAGGCAGCCAACAAAGGGUAUAGUGAUGUGAUCGAGGAGUUGCUUAAAUUUUCACCCACUCUUGGUAUUUUGAAGAAUGGGACAUCAGCACUCCAUGCAGCAGUGCUCAGCGGGAAUAUUAAAACAGUGGCACUGCUUCUGGAAGCAGGGGCAGACCCAGCCCUGAGAAACAAGGCCAAUGAACUUCCAGCAGAACUAACCAAAAAUGAACGUAUAUUGCAUCUCCUCCAUAGUAAAGAAGGACCCAGGAAGAACUAACUUAGUUCCAUUUUACACAGAAAGGUAGAAACCUUAAUCACAUUGUCCCAAAACAAAUAGCUUUAGAAUUCUUUGAAGAAAUAAUAUUCUCAGAAUGUUGGUCCUGCAGGUCCCUGGCAAAGAGCAGUGCUUUGUGUACAGAUUCAGGAGCAAGAGAGCUCAGGGGUCCCCUUUCCUCACUCUCAGUGGGCUUCUUACCUUACCCUGUAACCCAGCUCAUCACAGACUCUACGUUUGCAGCUAUGCUAGCUUGGUUCCCUCAGUUAAAACGUGAAGUUGGACGGGGUUUCCAGAACUAAGUAAGGACAUGGAAAGUUUCGUUCCUUUGAGAGAAUGAAAGGGUGACUCAAUGAGUUGAUGCACUUUUGUGUUCAGUGUAGAUGUGCUAAAAUAUAUAGAUUGAUUAUGUUUUACAAAAUUUAUGUAUGUCAUUUCAAUGUAAAGAUUCUUCUUCCCCCUAGAAAUGAUAGCCAUGAUUAUGCAACUUGAUGAUAUGCAAGCAUACUUCAUUCAAGGGCCACUUCUAACAUCCCAUCAGGUGCUUUUCAAAGAUGGACAGUUGAACUAUAGAAAAGAAAACUAGUAUGCUUGUUAGUUAAACUGAAGCUUACUCUUGAAAUAUAAAAUCAUUUACACUUAGUUAACUUUGUCAGUAUGACGGGAAGCCAAUGAAAAUUUAGAAACUGAAAGUUACAAAUCACAGGUAAUUGAGGCCUGUCUCUGAGCUUUUAUUUUGGCUCUAGUUUUGAUUCUCGCCAGUAGGGCUAAUAUGCUCUGAAACCUUACGCUUCCAACACUGCAUUGCUUGAUAGAAUGGCUUUGAAGUCAUAUUAUAUGCAAAUCCAAUGUGUUACUAUUACUAUUGCUGGAGUAUAAGUAAUAAAAGAUGAUUGCUAGUAUUUAAAAUUGUUCAUCUCUGCAUGUUGUUGGGUUGAUUCCAAGGAGUCUUGUGAAUUAUUUCUUUGAAGGAGGUGGCUAAAAUUUAUAAUCAGUGCACUUGAUAAUCAAUGGUGUCUAACUGUCUCUGUCAGUGCCUAACUGCACACACAUAAAAGUUAAUCAGUGCUGUUAUUUCUCUUAUUUUUCUUGCUUGUUGAUGUGCUGUUCUAGUUUCCAGACAAUGUUCUUUGUAAACUCAUGUUGAGAUUGAGGGAAAUUGAAUCCCCAACUGAGUUUUGUUUAACCAAAAUGUAGAAGUUCUAAAUGCAUUGUCUAUAAGAAUAUAGUUUUUUUAAUUAAAAGAUAUUCUCUUAAAAAUUGUUUAGGAUUAAUGCAUUAAAAGCUUAUUUGGGACAUCAUCAUAAGCAACGCCACUCAUGAGCCAUCUAUAGCCCUCCGAGAUAGCUAUGGCCUCAGUAGUACUGAAAAAAAAUCUACAGUCUAAUUUAUUUUCUUUCUUUCUUUUUUUUGAAAGUGCUGAUCACCAAUUCAACACUAGUGAGUUCAGCCUCUCUAGUGCUGGGAUUGCAGGCCUGCCCCGCCCUGCAGGCGUGUCAUGCUAAUUUCAGGAUAAGAGAUUAGAAAGUUUUCGGUUGCCAAAACAUCCGACAUAAACAUUCUGCUAGAUGAAAAGCAGUGCCAAUUUCCUCACUGACAGACUUUUAUUCUGCAGUUAUUUAUAUAUACAUUUUCCCCUAUGGGAAUUUUAAAAAUCUAUAUUCAUUUUGAAGAAGAAAAUAAUGUGGCCUUAAAUGCUUUAUAUUUUCCCUUUAGUUAGCCACUACAGCAAAAAUACUUGUUGA